GCGUUUGUAAUGACAUGAACAUGUUAUAAAACAAAUAACCUAAACCAAUUGCAUGGUUAGAAUAAAUUAGUAAAAUAUCUCAUAGAUGCGAUCAAGCGUACAGGACUUUGAAAAGCGUUAAUUAUUGUUUAUUUCUUAUUUAACAUGUUGUUUAACUGGACUAAGUAAUUAUUUAUCUCAGCUUUUAUAAGUAACUUUCCAAAAGAUAGUCAAAAACUCUCACUCAAUCGAUGGCAGAACCAUCUUUUGCUCGUCUGUUUCUCUUGUUCUUCAGCUUUCUCCUUAUCUUUGCCACCUACUCUUGGGUCUUUGGACCCGACUCAGGCUUCUUGUUCGGUACUCGUGUCCGGAAAACUCUCGGCUCGAAUCGUCAAGUCCACGUUGACCACUCUUUAGAAAAGCCUCAUCAUCCACUUGAUCCACUAACGGUGCGAGAAAUCAAUAGAGUCAGAACAAUACUCUCGAACCAUGACCCGGGUUUUGGUUCCGGGUCGGCCACGAUUCACUCCAUGGCUCUCGAUGAGCCGGAGAAGUCACGUGUCGUCCAGUGGAAGAAGGGAAAUAAGCUUCUGUCACGAAGAGCUGCGGUCGUAGCUUAUUGGGGUGGUCAAACACAUGAGAUAACGGUGGAUCUUGAUUCGGGUCGGGUAGUUUCUGAUGUGAUUAACCGGACUUCAGGGUAUCCGAUUCUCACCUUGAACGACGUCUUCGCUGCUUCGCAGGUUCCUUUGAAGAGCUUGGAAUUUAACCGCUCCAUUGAAGCUCGUGGGGUUAAGUUUUCCGAUUUAGCUUGCAUCACACCGUUUGCCGGAUGGUUUGGAUCGGAGGAAGAAGGACGUAGAGUCAUAAGAGUUCAAUGUUUCACGUUACAAGGCACUACCAAUUAUUUUAUGAGACCACUCGAAGGACUUUAUGUAACGGUCGAUCUAGACAAAUUGGAGGUUAUCAAGAUCAUCGAUAAAGGCCCAAUUCCAAUUCCCAAAGCCUCCGGUACAGAAUACCGGUUUGGUGUUCAGAAUAAACCGGUGCAUAUGGAUCGUAUUAACCCGAUUUCGAUGGAGCAACCUGACGGUCCCAGUUUUAGGGUCGAAGAUGGGCAUUUGGUUAAGUGGGCUAAUUGGGUUUUCCAUGUUAAAGCUGACCAACGAGCCGGUAUGAUCAUAUCUCAGGCCACGGUUCGUGACUCCGAGACAGGUGAACCAAGAAGUGUGAUGUACAAAGGAUUCCCAUCAGAGUUGUUUGUACCGUACAUGGACCCUGAGGAAGGAUGGUACUACAAAGGUUAUAUGGAUGCAGGCGAGCUCGGUUUAGGACCCACGGCAAUGCCGCUCGUGCCUCUCAACGAUUGCCCUCGAAAUUCUUACUAUAUAGACGGUGUUUUCGCCUCUCCAGACGGCAAACCCAUUGUUCAACCUAAUAUGAUAUGCUUGUUUGAACGCUAUGCAGGCGAUAUCAGCUGGCGACAUUCUGAGAUCCUUUUUGCCAAUGCCGAUAUAAGAGAGUCAAGGCCAAAAGUUACAUUGGUAGCUCGAAUGGCAACUUCGGUUGGAAAUUACGACUAUAUUUUCGAUUGGGAGUUUCAGACUGAUGGUUUGAUCCGUGUUACGGUCGCGGCUUCGGGAAUGUUAAUGGUGAAAGGGACACCUUACGAUAAUGUAGAUGACUUAGGUGAUAGGGAGGAUGAUGCUGGACCGUUGAUCUCUGAGAAUGUGAUUGGAGUCGUUCAUGAUCAUUUCAUAACGUUUCAUCUAGACAUGGAUAUUGAUGGACCGAUGAAUAAUUCUUUGGUUAAGGUUCAUCUAGAGAAGCAGAGAGUUCCAACAGGAAAAUCGCCAAGGAAGAGUUACUUGAAGGUCAAGAAAUAUAUAGCCAAGACUGAGAAAGAUGCUCAGAUCAAGUUGAGCCUCUAUGACCCAUAUGAAUUCCACAUUGUGAACCCGAACCGAAAAUCUCGGGUAGGAAACCCGGCUGGUUACAGGAUCGUACCGGGUGGUAAUGCAGCGAGUUUGCUUGAUCACGAUGAUCCUCCUCAAAUUCGAGGUGCAUUCACUAAUAAUCAGAUAUGGGUGACUCCAUAUAACCGGUCAGAACAAUAUGCCGGAGGAGUUCUAAUUUACCAGAGCCAAGGUGAUGACACACUACAAGUUUGGUCAGACCGGGACCGUUCGAUCGAAAACAAGGACAUAGUACUGUGGUACACACUAGGGUUCCAUCACGUACCUUGUCAAGAAGAUUAUCCAGUUAUGCCAACCGUUGCGGCUAGCUUUGAACUUAAACCAGCAAAUUUCUUUGAAUCCAAUCCGAUUCUUGGGUCUGCUCCUUUCUUCGAAAAAGACUUACCGGUCUGUAGACCAUUUGCUUCAUCUUGACCGGUUCUGUUCUGACUAAUACUCUAAUAGUAUACAAGUAGAGAAGAUCAAAUAUCCGGUGUAGCCAAACACUUGUUGAAGUUUAUUUGCCGGUUUUUGCAAUAAUAACAAAACGUCCAAUAUCUGUAAUCCCCGACGUAACAUAAUACCAAAAAUCUUCAGUUUCUUCAGAGAGAAGUUGUUCGUGUUCGAGUUAUUGUAGAGCCAGCAUACGGGCUGUUGCUUUGUUGAGUUUGCUUCUCUUAACGAAGCAGAGAAGGCGUUGGAAACGAAGAAGGGUGAAACUUUUUACAGUCGUAAGAUUAUUCUUGACGUGGCUGAGAUGGCUCCAGACCCUUUCCGACUCAAGUACAACCUUGUAAAGAAGCUUUGUUACCAAGACUUUCAACAAGAAAGACCGGAAAGACAGCAGAUAAAAUCCCUGUUCUGCGGUAAGAAGACUAUCAUCUCUUCUGACGACUGAUAGAAGCUCCUUUGGUGUUUUUUAGUUGUGAUAUCUAUUCCAGUUACGAAGACCUUCAAUGCAAGUAUGCAACUGUGCUUUGUUACUUCGUUUUUUCUUUUCUUCUUGUUAAGUUUUUGUCUUAAUUAAAUUAAAAUAUGCUUAAUUUUUAGUUAUUUACCUAAAUAAUUAAAAUAUGCG